UACGUGGCUUGCGCGUGCGUGCGGUAUUCCCUCUUUUGCUGCUCACGACGUCACUUCCUUUCCAAUCGGAGUCUCCUAGUGGCAUCCUAUAACGUUGACUCGUAAUUCAACCACAACGUUAAAAUGUCAGGAGGUUUAGAUGUAUUAGCCCUCAAAGAGGACGAUGUUACCAAGAUGUUGGCUGCUGGCACUCACCUGGGUGCUGAGAAUGUCAACUUCCAGAUGGAACAAUAUGUCUAUAAAAAAAGAGUUGAUGGUGCAGGUGUGAAUGUCAUCAAUCUCCGACACACUUGGGAAAAGUUACUGCUUGCGGCACGUGCCAUCGUCGCCAUUGAGCACCCCAGUGAGGUUUUCGUUAUCAGUUGCCGCCACUCUGGCCAAAGAGCUGUACUGAAGUUUGCAGCUCAUACCGGUGCCACUCCCAUUGCUGGACGUUUCACUCCUGGUGCAUUCACCAAUCAGAUCCAGGCUGCUUUCCGUGAACCGCGUUUGCUGAUUGUCACGGAUCCGUCCACCGAUCAUCAGCCCAUCACCGAAGCCAGCUAUGUGAAUAUCCCAGUCAUCGCUUUUUGCAACACCGACUCGCCGUUGCGCUUUGUGGAUAUCUCGAUUCCCUGUAACACCAAGAGUCUGCACACCGUCGGUCUGAUGUGGUGGCUGCUCGCCAGGGAGGUCCUCCGUCUCAGGGGAUCCAUCCCACGUGAAACAAAGUGGGACGUAGUGGUGGAUCUCUUCUUCUACAGAGAUCCGGAAGAGGCGGAGAAGGAAGAACAGGCCGCGAAGGAGAUUGCGCCGGCGAAGGAAUUCACGGGUCCGGUGGAACCUGCUCCCGCUCCAGAGCCUGGCUGGGUGAACGAAGUCGAGCCGCCCGCAGUGCCCACCGAAAACUGGGCCGACGAUGUGGCACCGCCAGCGGCCGCUGCCAUUCCUGCGGCUGGUGCCACGCAAACCUUCCAAGCCACUGGCGAUUGGGCUGCUCAGCCUCCAGAGGAAUGGUCAACACCUGUGGCAACACCUGCUGCUCAGAGCUGGGGGGGUGCGACCAGCGAAAAGUGGUAAUCUCGUGCUUGUUGACACUUUAAGGACAAUGCACUUUGUACUGUAAUAAAAUCUUUUAAAAUGAA